AUGUCCUAUCAAUAUCAACUGAAUAACUAUUAUCACCAUAACCACCAUUCCCACAAUCUUUCCAUUAAUUCAAUCUCAUCCAUUAUAGAACCAACCACUCCCCCAAACAACUCUUCUACUACUUCAACAACCACUGACACCUCCAAUAAUAAUACUGCGUCAGAAAAGUAUUUGGCCAAUAAUAACCAAUCGCAUCAAAUUCAACAAAAUCAACACCAACAACAAGGAAUUGUCUUAACUCCUGCUACUACUGCUACUCCAAUGUCCACCUCUUCUACUUCUAAAUCCACUUCUUUUCACAUGAGAAGUUUGUCUAAUGGUGGUGGCGUUGGCUUUUUGUCAAAUUCAAAAGGUGGUGUUUCCUCUUCCUCAGCAAAUAGUAAAUCCAUUCUUUGGGACUCAUCAAACAAAUUAAACCAAAAUUUAAAUUUACCAAAUUUUUCUAUUGACAACGAGGUUGUCUCAACCCCUUUAAUUGUUCCACCAGUUGGACAAGACCAACAAACUACUUCAUCCUUUGCAACACAACAACAACGUCAUCAAAGAGCUAUUAGUGAUUUUGUUGGGUUUGAUGAUAAAGAAAAUAUGAUUAUGAAUAAAUCUAUCAUUACAACCACUCCUAGUGUUGUUUCAUUGUCUAAUUUAGACAACCAAUCUGCUACUGUUGCUAUCACUGAUAAAGUUAAUGGUAAUAAUUUUGUCAAUGGUGUUGGUGUGUCUACUUUUAUUGCAGCUCCUGCUGGUACCGGUUCUGCAACUAGUGGUUGUACUCCAAGUUCUUCUGCUUCAACUCCUUCUGAUUUUACGUCCACCAUGACUCCUCCAAUUAGAAUGCCACAAAAAAUCGAUAAAGAAUAUCUUGCUUCUAUCAAUAAAUUGCCUUUAAUUCAAUUGAAACUGGAAAUUUUAAAACUUGCUAAGGAUCAAUAUGGUUGUCGUUUCUUGCAAAAGAAGAUUGAUGAAAGUUUGGUUCCAAAUUAUCAAGUUAGAUUGGCCAAUUUUGACAUCAUUUUCAACCAAACUUAUCAGUAUAUGUAUGAGUUAAUUAUUGAUCCAUUUGGUAAUUAUUUGAUUCAAAAAUUGAUUGCUUAUUGUAAUGAAUCUAAUUUGGAUUUAUUGAUGGAAAUUUUACAAUACAAUUUGUUUCAAAUUUCCAUCAAUCAACAUGGUACCAGAGCUUUACAAAAGAUCAUUGAUAACUUGAACAAUUCUCAUCAAUUGGGUUUAUUGAUUAAAGGUUUGAAACCUUAUAUUAUAGAAUUGAUUAAAGAUCUUAACGGGAAUCACGUGAUUCAGAAGAUUUUAAAUAAGUAUCAACCCCCAGAUUGUCAAUUUAUUUAUGAUUCUAUAAUUGAUGAUUUAUAUAUUGUUGCUACUCAUAAACAUGGUUGUUGUGUUUUACAAAAGUGUCUUAACCAUGUUACUUUGCAACAAUUGGGUGAAUUUUCUAGAGCAAUUUUGAAAUUUGAAAAUUUCAAAUUGUUGAUUAAUGAUCAAUUUGGUAAUUAUGUUUUACAAUAUUUGAUUUCUAUUAAUUCUUUGGAUAUCAAUUUUAAGAUUUUCCAAAAUUUCAUUACAUUUGGUAUUUCAAAUUUAUGUAAUUUAAAGUUUAGUUCCAAUGUGGUUGAAAAAUUUUUAAAGAAUUGUUACACCAAUGAAACUGUCAAUUCAUCAUUUGCUAAUUUGAAAUUUGAAUUGAUUUAUAUAAUUUUGAUUAAUGAUUUGAAUGUAUUGAUCAAUGAUCCUUAUGGGAAUUAUGUCAUUCAAACUAUGAUUGAUAUCAUUGUUAACCCACAAGUUAAUUAUCAAAAUGCAAAUAUUGACAAGUUGUCAUUGAUUUUACCACAAGAUCAACAAACUGAUGAAACUUUUAAACUGUACCAAAAGUUGCAAGUUGAAAUUAUCAAGUUUUGGUUUCAGAAUUGUAAGAUUGUUUCAAGUUUUGGUAAACGUAUCCAAUCCAAGAUUAAUACAAUUUUGAAUAACAGUGCUUCAUCUUCAAUUUCUAUUAAUAAAACCAAUAGAAAGUCUCAAAUGAAUGCUAAUGGAGAAUUCAUUGUUAAUGAUUUCAACUCAAAACAAUCAUCUCAGCAGCAUCAACAUCAACAAUCGGGACAACCCCAACCCUUGUCAUGUCGUAGUGCUUCAUCUCCAGCAGGUGUUGGUUUCAUUAUGAAUGGUAACAAUAAUGCUAAUGAAUUCUACUCUAAGAUUCAUCAAGUUCCAAAUAGAAAUUUUUCAUUGCCAACGAACUUUUAUGCUGCUAAUGUCAACAAUAAUAACAACAACAACAACAAUAAUAAUAAUAAUUCUUUUAAUGUCAACAAUAAAAAUAAUGUGAAUAGUUCUGUAACAUCAUUUCAAUCAGGUAGUACUAAUACUGGACCUUUUAAUAAUAAUUCUGCAUCAAAUUCAUUAAUCAAUAUGAAUGGAAACAAUAAUGGCUCACAUUUGUAUGGUGAGAAUGGUGACUAUGGAGUUCCUCAACAACAGCAACAGCAACAGCAACAGCAACAGCAACAGCAGCAACCAUGUAUGGGACCAGGAGGAGGAUUUUAUCCAAAUGUUGGACAACAACAAUCAUCUAUUUCCUCGUUGAAUCAUGGUCAUUCAAUGUACCAUUAUACUACUGGACCUGGUGCUCAAAGUUAUACUCCACCACCUGUUCAACCACCUCCUGGUGUUAGCGCUCCAAUGCAUUUUGCUCCACCAAAUUUCUACAACAAUGGCAUGCCUCCACCUCCACCACACUUACAUCCUCAACAACAGCAACAGCAACAUGUUAUGCCACCUCCAUCUCAACAACAGCAGCAACCACAAACACAAAACAUGUAUCAUUCACAUAACCAAUCAUGGUCAUCAACAUCAUCAUUCGGUGGAAAUGCUCCUGUUUUCGGAUCAAAUAAUUGGUGA